CCUCAAUCACACCCUGAGGCCUUGAGAGUCCGAGCUCUACACUUCAUGAGUCUAUAAAAAGAGCUUUCCUCUUCUGAGGAAGCAACAGCAGACUCUCUCCUACUGAGCAUUUCAUUGCAGAGCAGAGAGAAAGCAGAAGAGGAGGAGAGGGAUCGCCACUCUGGAAGAUCUGUGGACAAACGGAGGGAGAAAAGCAAGAAGAGAGGAAAAGAACGCUUUUGGAAAAGGCUGAAGAUGGUGUGUCAAUGGUGGUUGCUAGUGGUGGUGAUGGUGUAUGUGUGCCACCCCGGGUUUGGGUCGGUGUGCUGGGAAAGCUCCAUCUGCAAUGACCUGCGCAACAAGGGAAGCAUACUGGACUGCAUUCAGCUGUGCAUGUCUGUGAUCCAGACGAAACUCCCACAGUUCAGUGCAUUAGCCCAGAAGGUGAACAAUGAUGAUGAUGAUGAUGAUGAUGAUGAUGAUGAUGAUGAUGAUGAUGACGACCUAAUACUAAGCAUCAUUCUGGCCACCCUGGUGUCUGAAAACAAGAUAUCAGAGACAGAUCUGAAAGCCCACAGUGACGAGCGACGCUCCUAUUCAAUGGAGCAUUUCCGCUGGGGCAAACCUUCAGGCCGUAAACGCCGGCCUGUGAAGGUUUUUGCCUCCUCUCUGGAGGGAGGAGGCUCGUCUGAGGGCAGUUUCCUCCCUCAGGCUCGCAGGCAGCUGAACAGCUAUGAGGAUGAAGUGAAGCUGAAUGGAAAAAGUCAAAACCAGGCAGUGCCAAGGGCAAGGGUCAGCUCUCUGUCACAUGUCCCGUUGAGCUCGCACGAGAGAAAAGACGGAACCUAUCGGAUGAGUCACUUCAGAUGGGGGAGCCCACCUGCCUCUAAACGUAAUGGCAGCUUUAUGAAACCGUGGGAGAAGAAACCUCAGGGGCAGCUGGCUAAGCUCUUCAGGAACAAUAUAGUCAAGAAUGUGCAGAAGAUAGUGGGCUGAAUGGAGGAGUAAUUGAAAGAAUCUAAAAGCCAUUGCAUGUUAGUAGGUACCCAAAGGACUUGUCACUAUCAUUAGCAUGUUGUUGAGUGUCUUUUCUGAACUAAAGGUUAUAUCUCAUUAAAACCUUAACUAUGUAAACAAUUAUUUUAUGUAAACAAUAAUGCACCUACAGACUGCCUUGACCUUCUUGGUCUGAAUUGAAAGCUUUCUUAGGAGUGUUUUUUUUUCUUGUGCGCAGCAUCAUUAUUGAUAGGCUAUAGGCUAUAUGUUUUGAAAAAACAGAGAAUAAAAUUCCAGUGCAAGAGGUGGGUGUGAAUGAAAGUGUU